AUGGCUACCGACAAGGCAGUAACCCAGAAACUGGUCGAGGAAUCCUCGAGACAGUCCUAUACUGAACCACCGCUGAGCGAAACCUCCCUCAAAAAGGGCGCACAGGUGGACUCGCAGCCCUAUGAAGAGUCUAUAGGCUCCCACGUAAACAACCCCUUUGCCGAUCCCGAAGUGGCGGAGCGAUAUAGACUGCUCUACGAGAAGGCGCAGUACGAAUGCCGCCAUGUGUUCGAUCCCAGCAUGACCUGGACGCCAGAGGAGGAGAAGAAGCUGGUGCGCAAGCUGGACUGGCAUGUUUGUCUAUGGGCGUGUGUGAUGUUCUUUGGACUGCAGGUUGACCGAGGAAACCUCGUGCAAGCCGUCUCGGAUAACCUGCUGGAUGACCUCAAUCUGACCACGAAUGACUACAACACGGGCAACACAGUCUUUUAUGUCUCUUUCCUCCUCGCUGAAUUGCCCUCCCAGCUUAUCUCGAAGAAGCUCGGACCGGACCGCUGGAUUCCCAUCCAGAUGACCCUGUGGUCCAUUGUCGCGGCGGCGCAGUGCGCUCUGACUGGAAAGAGUUCGUUCCUUGCUACUCGUGCGCUGUUGGGUAUUCUAGAGGGGGGGUUCAUCCCUGACAUUGUGCUCUGGCUCUCGUAUUUCUAUACCGGGCGUGAGCUCCCUACUCGCUUAAGUAUCUUUUGGACUGCUCUUUCUGUUACGACGAUUAUCACAUCCUUCAUGGCAUUUGGCCUGCUCCAUAUGCGCGGCGUACUCGGCUGGGCUGGAUGGAGAUGGCUCUUCCUCAUCGAAGGUCUCAUCACGCUCCUUGUCGGCCUCACCUCCUUCUUCAAGAUGCCCGCGUCAGCCGUCGACACGAAGAAAUGGUUCCGACCCAAGGGCUGGUUCACCGAUCGCGAGGUCCGCAUCGUGGUGAACCGAGUCCUCCGCGAUGAUCCCUCAAAGGGCGACAUGCAUAACCGCCAACCCAUCACCCCGCGCAUCCUCUGGAACACCCUCUGCGACUACGACCUCUGGCCCAUCUACCUCCUCGGCCUGAUCAUCUUCACCCCCAUCGUUCCCGUCUCCUCAUACAUCACCCUCACGCUCCGUGGCCUCGGCUUUAGCACUUUCACAACAAACCUCCUCACCAUCCCCGCCAGCGUCGGCCACAUCAUCAUGCUCCUCGCCCUCACCCGCCUCAGCACCUACCUCAACGAACGCACCUUCGUCGCCAGCCUCCAAAGCAUCUGGACCCUCCCCUGCGUCAUAGCCCUGCGCUUCUGGUCCGGCACGAUGACAAGCCCCUGGGGCACCUACGCGGUCGUCACGGUCAUGCUGUGCUAUCCGUACUGCCACGCGAUCCUGGUCGGCUGGACGUCGAAGAAUGCGAAUAAUGUGGCGACGAGGUCGGUGUCGGCGGCGAUCUAUAACAUGUGUGUACAGCUCGGCAGCAUUAUCGGAAAUAAUGUGUACAGGACGGAUGAUAAGCCGGCGUACCGGCGGGGCAACUCGGUGUUGCUGGCGCUGAAUUUGCUGGCGGUGGUGUUGUUUGGGGCGACAAAGGCGUACUAUGUGCUCCGGAAUCGACAUCGGGAUCGGGUGUGGGCUGGGAUGACGGAGGAGGAGCGACAGGACUAUGUGCACCACAGCAAGGAUACGGGGAGUAAAAGGCUGGAUUUCCGAUUCGCGCAUUAA